CAGCAGCAACAAUGAGAGGCGCGAGGCUGUGGCUAGCAGUGGUGGCAGUGGCGAUGGCGGUGGCAGCCGCGCAAGAGACACAGCAGCCGGAUCGACUCCCCGUGGCCCUCGUCGCAUUGUCAGAUGAGGGCGGAGUGGAGCAGCCGUUGACUUCUGCAGAGGAGAAAAACAAAUUCUUGUUCGGGUCGUACUCCUCCACCGUCUAUACCGUGGUGAGCGCGUCCACCUCAACCGUGUUCUACUCGUGUAACUCCGGCACCGAUGGAGACGUCGUCUGCAGCGGCCGACGCAAGAGGAAGCAGCUGGGCCUUAACCGAGAACUCAAUCAAAAGGACGAAGACUUAGUUGACCUGCAGGACAGCCUGGGAGCGGACACGUUGAAUGAGGACGAGGAAGAGAACAAGGCUGUGUCAGGGGCGAGCGAUAAGUUUGCCUUCACCGUGUGGACGACCAGCAAAACCACUACUUCCAUUACCGUCUUCUACACCAACACCGCCACUACUGUCAGAGUCUCCUACUACUGCGUCGCCGGGUUGAUGAGUGUUGCCGACUUCCCCUGUGCCGGAUAAUACUGGUAGCUGUUUGAUGAACGUGCGUCCAGGAGGGAAUGGAAGUAAUUUUUACGACGACCAUUGUCUUUCUGGAGUUGCCUACUGACCUGUAGCCUAUGUAGAUAUUGUACAUGUGAGAAUGAGUCCAAACAAAUAUAUUUAUCUUUAAGCUUGUGAGUA